GUAAUGGCGGCGGAAAAAAAGCGCCUGGAUCCAACAAUGGAGCCGGGCUACAAUCCUGCGGACGUUCAGGCUGGCUGGUAUUCUUGGUGGGAGGCGUGUGGAUUCUUUGGAGCGGAUGCGGCCAGUACUGAACCAAAAUUCGUUAUGGUGUUGCCACCACCAAACGUGACGGGGCAUUUGCACCUCGGCCAUGCUCUUACCGUGUCUGUGCAGGAUGCUCUUGUCCGGCAUUCCCGAAUGAGCGGCCGCGUGACUUUGUGGUUGCCUGGAGUCGAUCAUGCAGGGAUUGCUACGCAGGUGGUGGUCGAGAAGAAGCUCGCAUCCACGCAGAAUCUUACCCGGCAUGAUCUCGGGAGAGAUGCGUUUGUCGAGAAAGUUUGGGAGUGGAAGACAGAGUAUGGAGGAGCCAUUUGUUCUCAACUCCGGACAAUGGGAGCAUCGCUAGAUUGGUCUCGAGAGUGCUUCACAAUGGAUCUGCAGAGGUCACGCGCUGUAACUGAAGCUUUUGUGCGGUUAUAUAAAGCGGGACUGAUUUACAGGGCCAACCGCAUGGUCAAGUGGGACUGCUCUCUCAAGACUGCCAUCUCGGACAUUGAAGUUGAGCACACAGGAGACGUUGAGGCUACAUCGCUGUCGGUACCCGGCUAUGACAAGAAAGUCCCAUUUGGUUGGAUGUUUCAUUUUGCGUAUCCGGUGGAGGGCAGCUCUGAAGAGAUUGUGGUUGCCACCACGCGACCGGAAACCAUGUUUGGAGACACCGCUGUUGCUGUUCACCCAGACGAUCCGAGAUUUGCACAUCUUCACGGGAAGUUCCUCGUUCAUCCGUUCAACGGGAGAAGGAUUCCCGUCAUAAAGGACUCGACAGUGAAGAUAAAUGAAGGUACUGGAGCUGUAAAGAUUACUCCGGCACACGAUGAAAAGGAUUUCGAAAGAGGAAAGAGGCACGGUCUUGAGUUUAUCAACAUCCUCACGGACGAUGGAAGGAUCAACGAGAAUGGCGGCCAUGAAUUUGAGGGCCUCAAGCGCUACAUUGCUCGGGAACGAGUUUUGGAAGCUUUAGAACGCAAGAAACUUUUCCGAGGGAAGUUUCCUCACAAGAAGCCUCUUGCCAUUUGUUCAAGGUCAAGCGAUGUGCUGGAGCCGAUGAUGAAGCCUCAGUGGUACGUGGAUUGCAAGGAAAUGGCUGCGCGAGCCUGUGAGGCCUUGAGAAACAACGAGCUUCAGAUUGUUCCGUCGUCUUUUGCAGACAUCUGGUUCAGGUGGCUGGAAAAUAUUGAAGACUGGUGUGUAUCUCGCCAGCUUUGGUGGGGACACAGGAUACCCGCCUGGUAUGCCGUAUUGGACGCGAACGAAGAUCAGACGUUUGGAAUCUACGAUGAUCACUGGGCGGUUGCAGACUCCGAACAGGCUGCAGAUGCAGAGAUCAAGCAAAGAUUUCCGGGUGCUACGUUCAAGUUGCAGCAUGACCCCGAUGUUCUUGAUACGUGGUUUUCAUCGGGACUUUUCCCAUUCUCCUCGCUUGGAUGGCCUGAUUCUACAGCCGACUACGCUGCCUUUUAUCCCACAACAGUUUUGGAGACGGGACAUGAUAUAUUGUUUUUCUGGGUGGCGCGGAUGGUGAUGCUGGGGACACAGCUGACCGGCCAGCUUCCUUUCAAAACGGUUUUGCUGCACGGGAUGGUGAGGGAUGCUCACAAGCGCAAGAUGUCCAAGUCCCUGGGAAACGUGAUUGAUCCUCUUGACGUGAUAUCCGGGAUAUCUUUGGAUGAUUUAGUGGCCAAGUUAGCUCUGCUCAACCUGCAACCGUCAGAGCUCAAACAAGCCACUGAGGGGCUCCACAAAGAUUUUCCUCGAGGGAUCCCCGAGUGUGGAGUCGACGCUCUGCGGUUUGGACUUAUCGCCUAUACAGCACAGGCCGAGAACAUGAACUUGAACAUCCAGCGGUUUCUUGGCUACCGCCAGUGGUGCAACAAGUUGUGGAAUGCUGUCCGUUUUGUGAGACUCAACUUUCAUGACGGCUUUGAGCCAGAGGAAGAUCUCGACAUAUCCUCGCUUCCCUGGUCCUGCAAAUGGAUUUUGUCCUCCUUGAACGACAUAGUCUGCAAGAUCAACAAGAGUUUUGCUAGAUAUGAUUUAUCUGGAGCCUCAAGCGCAGUUUAUUCGUGGUGGCAAUACUCUCUGUGCGACGUCUUUAUCGAGCUAGUGAAGCCGCUUCUAUCUUCCGAGGAGCUGGGGGAGGAUGGUAAAGCUGCUACGAGGUCCACUCUAUAUAUUUGUCUGGAUUCGGGAUUACGCAUGCUGCACCCGUUUAUGCCGUUCAUUACCGAAGAGCUGUGGCAGAGGCUACCUCACAAGAAAAAGAGUGAAGAGCGGUCUUCGAUUAUGACCGCAAGCUAUCCCACAGAGAAGCCGGGGUGGAGCAAUCACGAAGUUGAGAAGGAGAUGGAGCUUAUAAGCUCCGUCGUAAAGACAGCACGGAGUCUUCAUGCAGCUGCAGAGCUGAAGCCAAGGCAAAGGUUUGCAUUCUGUUACCUUGUUACUGAAGACGAGGACCGGGCGGGGCUCUUCAACUCCAAAGUUUUGGAAGUUUUAACGCUGGCGAAGCUUUCUUCUGUGAAGGCAAGUAAGCUCCUGUUUUCUGGUCGGUGUUCUCACUGUGAUUUGCAGGUUGUG